UUUAAAAGUGAGAUUGCAGGCUGCUGUUAGACACACAACUGAGUGACUACAGCAGACAGUCUCUUGAUAACUUCACUGGCAUUGCUCUGCACAAUACUGACUCAGAAUGAUGAAGUUAAGCACAUCUGCCUUCAUGCUUCUGAUCUGCACAGCUGCACUGCUGUCCACAACAGAGGGUAGAAUUAAACCCAUGCAUCUACGCUGUCAAUGCAUUCAAACAUAUUCAGGGCCAGCAAUCCCUUUUGGAAAAAUACAGUCAUUGAGGAUGAUUCCUGCUGGACCAAACUGCAAAAAUGAGGAGAUCAUUGCCAAAAUGAGGAAAUUAAAGAUGUGCCUCAAUCCUGCAAAAGACUGGGUGAUUUCUCUCAAAGAAAAAUUUAACCAGAAGAACGUCACAAGCCAACAGUGAAUGAAUAUCACCGUUCAAAGAGCAACUGAAGAAACUGGUUCAACUAUUACUACUGUAAUAUAGAAUAUAGUUCAACUGUUACUAAUGUAAUAUAGAAUUUUUUUAGUUUGUCAUCUCUGACUGAAAAAUGAAGCACUGAAUCUGAAAAUAUGUUUUCACUGCCUCCUUUUUUAUUAAAGAUUAACUUUACUGUAACCUUGCCUGACCUUCAUUAUAUUUUAUUAUUUAUUGUUAUUGUUUCACUGAAUUAUAUGUUCAAAUAGUUUUGCAUUGGUUUUGAAUAGAGUUGUAAUAAAAAACUGUCAUAAUGGA